AUGGCACACUCGCCGGCAUCAACGCAAUCAGACACUCUGCCUACGCCCCGAAUCCUCAUCACAAACCUCAUCAACUCCCUCACCUCGGCACCCUUACCACCGCCAGCGAAUGCCGGCACCAACAGCAACGGUGCCAGCAUCACCGCAGGCGACGCACCAAACCCCCUCAAAACCCUCCCGCAAUCCCACCGCCCGCUCCUGGUAACCCUCCACGUCCUCUUCCCCUCCCUCGUCCUCCCGGCCCUAGACCUCCUAGACCGGAACCUCGUCACGCGCGUGGUUCCGGAAACCUCAACUACCACCACCGCCGCAUCCGCCGGCCACGGCCAAGGUCACGGCAGCCGGGAAGGGAACCCCACCAACCCCGCACCCGCCCGCCAACAUCAACCCAGCAAUGCCGCAUCCGACACCAAUCGCGAAGCGGUCGCCGAUGGACAGGGGUCUUCACCACCACCUCGCCUUCACCCUGAACCCGCAGCAGCAAAGCAACCUCAAGCAACCGCCGCAUUCCACCUCGUCCGCUCCGUAGCCUCAACAAUGACCCGCAGACACCACGCCGUCGCGACCUCGGCCUCGGCGUCGACCACGUACCUCGUCCAGCUCGACGCCUGGAACUGCUCCUGCGCCAGCUUUGCGUACGAGGCGUUUCCGGCAGUUGGCGGUGGUGCUGGUGCAGAGCAUGGAGGAGGAGGGGGAGGAGGAGCAGAAUCGGACCUGGUCAUCAUGGCCGUAGAUGAAGCCGACGACUCCAACUCCGAUGACGACGAUGGUAGUAACCCGGCUUGUGAGGUGAGUGACUGGCAGUUUGGAGGCCUGAGUUUAGACGGUGUGGGUGAUGGCGGGGUACCCUGCUGCAAACACCUGCUCGCCUGUCUCCUCUCCGAGCAAUGGGGGGAUACGUUGGGGAAAUAUGUCACUGAGAGGAGAGUGAGUAGGGAGGAGAUGGCGGGGUUAGUUGCGGAUGUGUAG